UAAUCGUAGAAGUUUUCAACCCUUGAUUAGUCCUACUGUAGAACAGACACCCGGGCAGACAGACCUCAUCGUAGUCGCUGCUGCACAUCAUUGGCGUUGUUGGGGACAGUUACAAUCUACCGAAAGGGGUCAGUUGCCGAUGGAAGAAUACUUGAAUGAAUUUCAAGAAUGCGAACCAGUUCAGCUGGAGCCAUUUAUCCACCAAGUUGGGGGUCACUCUUCAAUAUUAUGUUUGGACGAACGAACUGUGUGCAAACCGCUUAUAAAACAAGAACUUCAGUUUUACGAGUCACUGCCAGUGUCUAUGAAAAAGUUCACUCCUGAAUAUCGUGGUGUUGUUCAGGUUCGGUUUGAAGAAGACAAAGAUGGCUACUUAACCGUAGCUGCUUACCCCCCAAAGUCGUUCAGAUAUCAGCCAAGUCAGUCAAAGCAGAGGAACAAUAGCCGACGACGGAUCCGAGUGAAGAAUUCAGGAAGCAUUGAGAUUGAAAUUGAGAGCGAGCUAAACGACCUGUUUGUUGAAGAGGACCCACAGCAAGCCACAACCAGCAAAGGUGUCAAGUCACUGAAUCCAUGGGUCUUAAAAUGUCACCAGAGACAGCUAUCGAAAUUGAAGAGAUCUGCUACCGUACCACAACAACAGAAGGAACCCGUUUGUCAAAAAUUUUUGCUGCUGGAAAAUAUCACUUGGAGGUUCGAAUACCCCUGUAUUCUGGACUUGAAAAUGGGCACCCGACAAUAUGGAGAUGACGCGACACCUGCAAAGAUCGAAAGCCAGAGUGCCAAGGCAGCCAACUCCACUUCGGUCCAGCUAGGAGUCCGAAUUUGUGGAAUGCAGGUUUAUCAACAAUCGACGGGAAAAUUUCUAUGCCGGAACAAGUACUAUGGAAGAAAAUUAAGCGUGGAUGGUUUCAAGGAAGCCAUGUUACAAUUUCUUCAUAAUGGGAAGCGUUUGCGGACUGAUGCAGUACUUCCACUUAUUGAAAAACUCAAGGACUUGAAAGCAGUCCUAGGCACACUUGAAACUUUUAGGUUCUAUACAAGCUCUCUGCUGUUAGCCUACGAAGGGCUGGACCCUGAUUACAAUGGGGACGACGACUCAUCCAUGGCUUCCGUGGAUAGUGAGAUGACGGACACCUCUUCUUUUGAUAGCGAUUCAGUCUCAAAUCCCAACAACAGCACCAUCACCACGAACCCUGGCCCUGGAGAAAUUCGAGUUAUCCACAAUUUCUCCGAGAUCAAAGCACCUUCCUCUUUUCUCGGAAUGAUUCCAUCGUCCAAAUCCGCAGAUGAAAUAUCUCUCUCUUUGAAGAGGACAAGUUCUCUCGACAAGGAGGAAAGUACACCAAAGAAUCCAAAGAUUGGUGACUCCUCGUGCUCCAGCUUCUCUCUAGAAACUGUAACCGAACCAGCAUGUGAUGGGAUCGGGUUGGGAAUAAGUCAGAGUCAAAGCAAUUCUACCAGCAUCAGUAACGUGGCGACGAGAGGAAGUUCUGCUGCUAAUUCGACAACGUCAUUGUCUCUGGAGUCCGUUGACGUUAGAAUGAUUGAUUUCGCUCAUGCAACCCAUAGUGGACUGGACUGUGGCAAAGAGCAUCAAGGCGCAGACACGGGGUACAUGUUUGGGUUGAGUAAUCUGAUCAAAGUAUUUCAGGAAAUUUUGGACGAAACAUGCUAAAUUUUUGUCUCACUUACAAAAAACUGUCCUUCGAAAUUAUAGUAUCAUCAUUUAAAACUAUUUAUUAGACUACCUAAACUUAUUGCCACUAGAUCACAAAUUAAAUACGUCGAUUCUAGAUGUCUUACGUAUAGCACAUUUUUUUAUAAAAUUUUCAUUCUGUAUUAAUUUCAGGUGUUUUAGAUUAUUAUGUAUAAUAAUUAGCUAUAUAUUAUUACUUCGCCGUAAUGUACUUUUUUAGGCUUUUGUACUCGUACUCUUCUCACUAAGUUGGUGUUGUCUUAGAAUAUUGGAACGGAGAAUAGCUACAUUAAUAGGCAGGAAUUUUGCAUUGUUACUCCAGUGAAGGUUUGAUUCAUGAAUUACUUUGAAUAUUUUUGGCAAUAAUAAUAUUUGUAAAUGUUACGUGAUAAAUUAUUAUUUAUGAUGAUACCCAAGAUCGGAUCAACGUACCAGAAUUAUUUUAUCUUUUUCGCACCGAAAGUUUAUUGAAAUGUGUUUGGCUUUAUUUUUUGAAAACAGAAACCUGAAAUCUAUUAAAGGUACGCGUACUUGUGAAUAAAAGUAAAACGUUAAACCAGUAAUUACAAUUCAUAAUUAGAAAAUGGUAGUCAUAUUGCCGGUGAGGAGUGAGGAAAGCCUUCAAAAAUGCGGCUCACCAACCAACUCACCAGAAACUCAUGUGAUCUGUCGCUAGAGUAUGAAUUAUACGAAUUUAACAGUUACGUAGUCCAGUCAAGAGAUGAAAUAUGGAUUUCAUUUUAAUUUUGUUAUGACUUCAAAACUUGUAAUUUUCUCUUCUUACAUAAUAACAACUACUUUUCGAGAACUCGGAACAAAUUACGUAAUUAUAUACCUGCUCCUCAUCGAGUUACCUACAAAACAAAUAUAUGUACAUAACUUAACUAACAUAGCAGAUUAACUAUGAACUAUUUCUCUACAUAGUUAUACCAAAUAUGGAUCCGUAUCAACACAUGAUAUGCAGAACAUAAUCAGAACAAUUAACUCUGAGUUUAAAAAUCGUCCCGGUUUCAAAAUAUUUCAUUCCAGCAUCAGUCAUUACUACAAAAUAUGUAUGACUUAUGCAUGUAUUUACUUGUAUGCCGUUAACAUUUUAAUUCAUUUUGCUUAAAGUUUCCAUAAUAUUUAUAUGCUAAAUGUUUUCCAAUGUUAUUAAAUUCCAAAAAUAGUAUGUUUCUGUAUUGAGUCUCGUUCUGCAAUUUCGAUGAUAUUGUACAAAUCAGCAUGAGCGUGCAUAUGUGUAUAUGUCGAUUGAUAUCUAUAUAUGUGCAACUUUUGAUGAUUGGCAUAAUAUAUGUACGCUUAAAAUAUGUACUAUUUUUGUGAGAAUGAACAACACGCACGGAAUCGAAACCAAAUCAAAACUGAUUUGGUAACUCAUCGUCAGUAUGAAUGUUGCGUCACAAACAUAAAUGCCAGUCAAUUUUGGUAGUAAGAAACUAAAUUAAUUUGUGAUUACGAUGGAGCACAGAUAUAAGGUAACCAUAAAAGUAAGUACAUAUAAAAAUAUAUAAGUUACUGGAAAUAAAUAAAUAAAAGUUCAAUCGAUAAAAAUAGUAUAUUAUAGAUUAAUAGAAUAAGCAAUAUUAGCGUGUAUUAUUCAUAAUUGUACAUAAUAUAUUGCAAGUUGAACAGGUGAAAUAGGAAAACAAAUAAAAAUGCAAAAAUAUUAAAAUUC